AUGCUGUUUGAUGUGCCUUGGCAUACUCCGUUUAAUACCUUUGUUUACAUUAUUGAUAUUAUUACAACACUGAAAAAUUCAAAUAGAAUGUCGAAUCCUUACUUAGUUAUUUGUUCCGUUGGGAAUCCUGGUGCACGUUAUGCUUACACUCGCCAUAAUAUGGGCCAUAUUGUGCUUGAUAAAAUUAGAGAAUAUUUGGGAUUCCACAGUUGGACCAGAUCACCAUCACUAAAAAACUGUGUUGUUUCCGGAUCUCCAAGUUAUCCGGUAAUUUUAUACAAAUCUGAGACUCAAAUGAAUAUAUCUGGUGGAUCAAUAUCGCGAAAUUGGCAAAUUUUAAGACGCCAGAAGCUUAGUGAAGGUUAUGAUCCGGUAUUAGUUAUUAUUAAUGACGAAUUAUCUUUACCGGUUGGUAAAUCACAAGUUAGACUAAAGAAUUCCAGCCCAAGAGGCCAUAAUGGCUUGAAGUCUAUUAGAACUGCAAUGGGUGGGAACUUCUUGAGUAUUUCUGUGGGAAUUGGUAGACCAGAAUCCAGAGAUCAAAAUUCCAUAUCAAAUUAUGUUUUGAGCCGAAUCCCAACGCAUGAGUUGCAAAUUGUUUAUGAAGAUGUGGUGAUUGAUGUUUGUGGAUACCUUGAGCAAAUGUUGGAAGGGAAUUAUAUUGAUGAUUAG